AUUGAUUUUGCUACCAUGAUCAAAACUCAGUUCUCUAAAAUUAUCAAAGUUUUGAGAACUGAUAAUGCUACUGAAUAUCUUGGUACUAAACUUCAGUCCUUUCUGAAAGAAGAAGGCACAUUGACAAAACAAUCUUGUCCUUACACUUUUGAACAAAAUGGAUGAGCCGAACGCAAACACAGACACAUCCUUGAUUCUGUUCAUGCUUUACUCAUUUCAUCAUCUUGUCCAGAGCGAUUUUGGGGUGAAACUAAUCCUACAAUUGUUUAUCUUAGUAAUCGCAUUCCAUCAUCAAUCCUUAAUAACUAGUCUCCAUACAAGUGUUUACAUGGUAUUCUUCCUGCAUAUAAUCUUCUUAAGGUUUUUGGUUAUGCAUGUUUUGUUCUUCUUCCACCUCAUGAACAUAACAAGUUAGAUCCUAGAGCUCGAUUAUGCUGUUUUUUGGGUUAUGGGAUUACACAAAAAGGAUAUCAUUGUUGAGAUCCUAUGUCACAAAAACUCCGAGUUUCACGUCAUGUUAUCUUUUGGGAACACACUAUGUUAUCACCAUUGUCAAACUUCAAAAUGUUAUCUUCUCAUCAACCUCCAUUUUUUACUAAUCCUUCUAUCAAGCCAUUUCCUAGUGAUUCUUAUGCAGGUACAUCUGAUGAGCUCUACAAUGCCACACCACAUGCUCCAACUAGUUUUGUAGAGAAUGAUCUGCCUACUAGUAAUGCGUUAGAUAAUUCUGAGCCUUCAUCUACUUCUUCAUCUGUAUCACCUAUUGAUGUUGCAUCUAAUAUUUUUGAGUCUACAAAUGAGCUUGUUGUCCCAUCCUCGACUUAUCCUACUUGGGUAAGAAACCCUCCUAGCUACCUUCGUGAUUAUCAUUGUUUUUCUACUAUUACUUCUUUACAUGAGCCUCAAUCCUAUCAAGAGGCCUCUUCUAACCCUCUUUGGCAACAAGCUAUGCAAGAUGAAUUACAGGCUCUUGAGAACAUUCGUACAUGGGAUUUAGUUGAUCUCUCUAUUGAAAAGUCUCUAAUAGGUUGUAAAUGGGUGUACGAGAUUAAAACAAGAUCUGAUGGUUCUGUGGAGCGUUACAAGGCACGCUUGGUUGCCAAGGGUUUUACACAGGAGUAUGGAAUAGACUAUGAGGAAACAUUUGCUUCAAUGGAUGUUAAAAAUGCUUUUCUUAACGGUGACCUCGAAGAAGAAGUUUAUAUGAAACCACCUCUGGGGCUCAACCAUCCUCCAAAUAAGACUGCUCGGGGUAUGGUUCUUUUACUUCUUUAUGUUGACGACAUGAUUAUUACCGGAGAUGAUGUUGUAGGUGUUGAGGAGUUAAAACAAUCCCUCAAUCAGAAAUUUGAGAUGAAAUAUCUUGGUGUUUUGAGCUAUUUCCUAAGGCUUGAAGUCACCUUUUCAGAUGAUGGCUACCUGCUUUCUCAAGUAAAGUAUGCCUCCGAUCUUGUUUCUAAAGCUGAACUCAAUGAUGGUAAGAGUGUUUCUACACCUCUUGAACCUAAUGUCAAGCUUACACCUCUAGAUGGCUCUCCACUUUCUGAUCCUACUUGUUACCGGCAAUUGUUUAUGGCUGCUCCUUGCUCCACUCAUUAUGCAACAGUACUUCGCACUAUUCGCUAUGAUAAAGGAACAUUAUUUCAUGGACUCCAUUUUUCUGCCAACUCCACCCCUGUGCUUCACGCUUAUUCUGAUGCUGAUUGGCCUGGUGAUUUUUCUAAUCAUCGAUCUACCACUAGCUACUAUCUUUUCUUUGGUAAUUCUCUUAUCUCUUGGCGGAGUAAGAAACAAACUAUUCCAUCUCGCUCUAGUACUGAAGCUGAGUAUAGAGCUCUCGGUGAUACCACAUUAGAACUUUUUUCAUUACGAUGGCUUCUUGAAGAUAUGGGCAUUCCUCAACCUUCUUCUACUGAUUUAUAUUGUGAUAAUCAAAGUGUUAUGCAGAUUGCUCAUAAUGAUGUUUUCCAUGAACGCACUAAACACAUUGAGGUUGAUUGUCACUUUGUUCACCAUCAUGUUGCACAAGGAACUGUUCAAUUGGUUUUCAUUAGCUCCGCUGAUCAACCAGCAGACCUCUUUACCAAGGCUCAUUUUCAUGGACUCUUUCGUACUCUUCUUCCAAACUCAAGUUGAUUUCAUCACAACCACCUUGAGUUUGAGGGGGGAUGUUAAGAUGUGAACACAAUUAUAUUUAUAAUUAUUGUAAAUAUUUUAUACUUUAGAAUAUUCUCUUUAUAUAUUUUAUACCUUAAAAUUAUCCUCUUUGUAAGCAUUUAUAUAGGUCAUUGUACAUACAAUAUUAUUCAAGAAAGCAAUAAACCUUUCUUCAAAUU